CCGCCAGUUUGGAAAUCAAUUUUUAAUUCCAUUAAUGCUUCCAAACACACCUCUGGCAGCAUCUGGUGACCCAACACAUCUUGUGACUAAGAUCUCUCACUCUCCCCAUGUUAAAAAUUCCCCCUUCACAAUCCAACUUCUCUCCAAUUUGUUCCUCAUCUUGCAGGUAUUGUUUUUGCAAACUGGGUUUUGCCGAUUAACUAGUUUUUGAUCACUAACAAAAGUAUGCAAGACCAUAUUGGCAUCCCUGCUUGCUUUUCAUCAAGUGAGAAGAUGAGUGAUGAUGCUUCAGCUGUAACUAGGUCAGGCCACAGUGUUUACAUGUCUGUGUACAGAGCCAAGAUUGCUGAUCAGUGCCGCUUGAUCACAAUCACAUGGUGCAAGAACUUGUUGCUCCAUGGCCUAUCUGUAUCUCUUGAAGGCCCAGAUGGAGAAAACCAGCAGACCUGCAAAGUUGAGCUCAAGCCAUGGUACUUUUGGAGAAAACAAGGCUCCAAGCGCUUUGUAGUUGAUGGCAAAGCAGUUGACAUCUUCUGGGACCUCAAGUCUGCAAAAUUCAAUGGUGGGACAGAACCCAAGUCAGAGUAUUAUGUAGCAGUUGUUUGUGAUGAAGAGGUUGUGUUGCUUCUUGGUGAUCUGAAGAAAGAUGCAUAUAGGAAGACAGGGUACAGGCCUGCUCUGAUUGAUCCCAUUUUGGUUUCUAAAAAAGAACACAUCUUUGGCAAGAAAAAGUUCUCCACAAAAGCCAAGUUUUAUGAGAGAGGCAGGCUUCAUGAAAUUGCAAUUGAGUGCAAGAACAGAGCUGGGAGCAUCAGCAAUGGCAAUUCAUUAAAUGGGGUUGAGCCAGAAUUGGAGAUUAGGGUAGAUGGCCAUUUGGUGGUUCAUGUUAAACACCUUCAGUGGAAAUUCAGAGGUAAUGAGUCCAUUCAUAUCAACAAGUUAAGAAUUGAGGUUUAUUGGGAUGUCCAUGACUGGCUUUUUAGUCCUGGUUUGAGGCAUGCAUUGUUUAUUUUCAAGCCAGUUUUGCCUUCCAGUACAUCUCUCUCACCACUGUCCAGGUCAUCAUCCUCCUCACCACAAUUUUCUUCCCUGUCAUCCACUCCAUUGUCAUCCCAGACCAGUUUAGGGUCAGUAGAAGGGCUUAAUGCAAGUGGAUCAUCUGAGUUUUGCUUGUUUCUCUAUGCCUGGAAGGUUGAAUGAGAAACAACAUAUCAAAUAUGGUAGACUGGUAGUUUCAUCAUCAUCAUCAGCAGCAGAAGAAUGAGGCUGGCAAAUGAAAUGGGGCCCGAGCAAGGAAUGGGGACAGCAUGGAAUGAUGUAGAUGCAUAUUGGAUUUGUGAGUGAGAGGUUUGGAUUGAGAAUGGAAGAGGUGGGGCCCAAGAGAGGGGUUGGAUGGAAGAAGUUAGUUACAGCUGGGGUUGAACAAAUGGGCACAAUUAGACAAGACAGAUGGUAUCACUUACAUGCCCAAUAAUUCCCCAUCUAGAGGCAUCUCCACCUAUUUUUAUACAAAUUCUCUUUCCUCUUUCUUGAUCUGAUCUUGAUAAUUGAGCAAUAUUUCAAACCACUCUUCUUUUUUUUUUCUUUUUCUUUUCCUACGAACGUGUAUGUGAUGUCUCCAAAGUUUUAUAUAAAAGAAAUAUAGACCAAUAUGUUCAAAGGGUACUGAAUGUUUGUAUCUGGCACAAAAUGUUGUUACAUGUGACAGGGAGGAGGAGUUGUUGAUGAUGGUUGAAUCAGUAAUGCAAGAUUAUUUG